CCGAUUUCGCCACGCCCGGCGGAUAACAGCACCUCCCACUCCCUCUGCCUCACGAUCUGCGGCUACCGACGCCCGGGAAUGAGCGAGUUCGACUACCGCCAGCAUAUGACGCAGGUCUCCGCUCCAAUGACCGCAGAUCUGAUGGUCAAGUACGGAGUGAAGCGCUGGACGAUGAUCCACAAUACCACCGAAAGUCGGGCGCUCAUGGAUCAACUGAUCGAUCCGCAGAUGGCCAACAUCGCCGACUUCGAUUGCUUCAGCCAGGUGGUGCUUCACGACCUGGCGGACUACAAGCGGCUGAAAGAGGAUCCCUGGUACCGGGAGCAUCUGGUCGGGGAUCAUGAGAAGUUCGCCGACACGCGGCGCAGCAUGAUGACCAUCGGGUGGGUGACGGAGAUCGUGCGUGAUGGGCAGGUGGUG